AUGGCACGUGCGGCAGAGGACUUGUCUUAUGAGGACCUGCAGAAGACGGUAGACCCUAUGGUCUGCAGGCCGGUGACGUCUCCAGCAAUCCUGCACUUGCCUGCAGGCAUCUUCACACCAAUGACUCUUCCGCUUCAGGAGAUGGGUCCUUCGGAUAACCCCUCCAUCCAUGUGUUCGAUGUGAUCCCUAGCCACGCAGAAACCAUCGACUUCCGUGACCUGGAAGCGAAGUACAAGUUAGCCGUACUCAACCUCGACCUGAGUCUUCUUCCCGCACCGUUUUGUCCACGACAGUCUGUCCCAAAGGAUACCAAAUUGCAGAUCUUCAUCGUUCCCACUUCGGAUGAGAAACACUACAUCAUCAAGCAUUUCGUCUUCGCCAGCAAGUGCAAAGCCUGCUUCUUCUUGGCCUCCGUAUACGGCAAGGCUCACAUCUACAGAUGGCGGGCGGCAAAUCCCAAGGUAGGCAAAAAGAUCCUCCAAUACACCCUUGAGAACUUGGGGUGCUAUCAAUUCAAAGUCUUUGACCUCCAAACCUUCUCUGCCGCGAAGAAUACCAAUACCCGCUUUGAGGACAAGACGGACGAGGAGGUGGAUGCGGGGUUUGACUACAUUGCCACGGAAGGCCCUCGUUCCUCUAGCGAAAUGCAACAGUUGAGGUGGAUGACGAAAGCAAUCAAGAAUACAAGCUCUCCAAUCUUCAACUGGCCGAACAGUCUCGUUGAGAAAGCCCUUCGCAAUCUCGCUACUGACGGAGCCUUGGCUAAAAAGAUUGAGGAGUGGCCUAUUCCAUUCACGAGCACCUUCUACCAUACUUGGGUUCUGGACAUCUUCGAAAAGGUGUGGGAUUUCGAUACCUCUGCCCUGGUACUUCUCGGUGAAGCUGGAGCUGGGAAGUCGCCUUUGGGGCGCAGUGUCUUGAUGGCUCAGGUGCGACACAAUCAGAUCCGCUUCAGCAGUCGCCAAAAACCUUGCAUCAGAUGUACCCCUGAAAUCGAUUUCCUUCGUGGUGAGCAGGGACAUGUCGCCAUGGGGGAUUUCUUGGACGACACGACCAUCAAGUGGCUCUCAAACAAGAUGUUGAAGUCCUUGCUGGACGUGGGUCUAUAUGAGGCCAUGUCAUGGGCACGCUGGGGUGCUGUGAAAUGGGUACAGAAUCAGCCUCGAGCCGUCGCUGACAAUACUUUCGAUGAGGACUACAAGGUCAAAACAGAGAGCUUCUUGCCCAGUGUCCCCCACGAGGAGUUCUCCAAUAUCAUCAAGCCUGCAUUCGGUCCUGACAUCACCAAAGCCCACAUGAAUGCAAUCUUCAAGCGAAGCGUCUUCGUGGUAAACACAGACACGCACAUCUACUACAGAAAGGCUCGCAUCAAUCAAGAUCGCAUUCCUCGUAUCGAAAUUCCAAAUGCGGAGUAUAUGACGGAUGCGGGCAAAGCCUUGUACGGUGUCUUCAAGGAUGGUGGUCGUCUUCUACCUCCCGACUUCAACGCCCAGGUGCGUCGGGAGCAGGAAUGGGUGUCGAAACUUGUUGAGAAACGCCAACAGGAGCGCCGUCCAGACCAUCAGAAACGCUUGCAAGUUCGUGAGGCUCUGUUCGGCCGCGAACCUACCUCAUCGGAGCCUCUCCACCGGCGCAUCAAGAGGGAACAAGCGGGGGCUCACGCAGAAGCGGUGAGCAAGAAGGCUAGGACAUGGGCCACGGAGCUGAAAGCUUCCAAGUCCGUCAUCGACCUGGACACGCCGCCACGCCGUUCUUCUGAGCCGGCAAGGCUUGUGCAUGUUCCCAACCCAGAUUUCGCAAACGACUCCGAGGAGAUGGACGUGGUGUCGGAGGAAGAGAAUGAUCCGCUGGGUUUGGGCAUGCACAUGGACUGA